UUUUUGUUUUGGUGUGUGCCUCAUUUAUGAGUGCUUGUGCUUGAAAGGGUCUGCUUUUGGGUUUGUCUUUGGGAUUUGAGCUCAUGAUGAUGUGGUUACAAGGGCAGGCAGUGCUGCCUUUGUUUCUAUUAGUAUGGCUCUCUGGAAUGAAUUGUAUGAUUAGAGUAGAAGGGUUUACGGGGGUCUGGAAGGAGGAUUCUAAUCCAACAGUACAAAACAUAAGCUCUGAAAAGGUAUUGGCUUUAGUGAAUAAAGAUUCAUUAAUUUCUCCUGUGUUGCCUUCUGAUGAAGGUAUAAGUUAUGGGUUUGAAGAUGGUGCUAAAGAUGGUUCAGGAGAUCCAUUAUAUCAGGGUUUUGAAGUACUCGAUGUGAAGGAGGUAAAUGUUUCAAUGAAACAGAAAGAAUUGACUAUUGGUGUGGUAAGUCAUGAUAAGAAGGUAGCUAAAGCUGUGAAAGCCAUUUAUUAUAAUCAAAAAGCUAUAGCUGGAGGUGAAUUGAGUGAUCCUGUUGUGUAUGCUGAUGCUCCCCAUGGAGCUGAUUUAGAGGAGUUUGAACUACUGCGGGAUAGAGAGGCCCAUGACAGUGAGCAUAGUGGUGCUUGGAGUCCUGAGCUGGGGUCUUACCGAAAGAAGCUUAUUGCUCCUCCUAAGCAGGUUUGUCAUGAAGUGGCUGUGUUGCCGUAUGAAACCAGUUGUGGUCAAAUGUCCAUGUCAGCCCAGUUUUUUGGCUCUCCUGAAGAUCUGAAAGUGAGGUUGAAUUCUUCCCUUGUGCAAGUAACCAGAAUUGCUCACCAAUGCAAGUACAAAAUGGAGAAGAGACCUGGAUCCUUCAUUUUUACAUCAUACAAUGAUGGCUGUAAUGUGCAGAAAAUAAGAGGCUGCUAUGUCCUGACUCUUCUCUGGCAAAAUGAGAAGGUGUCCCUUGCCUGUCCAGCAGGAGAUGUUUCUGUUGGCCUUCCACCAGCUGUGCUCUGCAAUGACACCAGCAUGACUGUUGGGCUCCCUUCAGGGUCUCCUGAUGACCUAAAAGUGAAAGAUCACCUCCAUUGGGUCCCUGCACGUCCACUUGCUAGGAGAUGCAAAUAUGUAUUUUUGAAAGAUGCUUUUGGAAGGAUUUUCUUUACUGUUUCAUACAAAGGCUGCUAUGUUAAGAGAGAGGGGAGCUACUAUAUCCUGACGGUGAGAUACACCAGUCCUAACCACAAGGAGAAUGUAUUGGACAUGAGGUGCCCAAUACACUCUGGGGAACAUGUGACUACUCCCCAUUCCACUGUUCCUCCAGUGUCUCAUCCAAAGGUAUCUUGCCACACUUCCACUAUGGAUGUGCUGCUGCCUGGUGCUGUGCCAGACCAGGUCAAAGUGAAGGACAAAAACCACCAGGAGGUGGCAGUGCAACCAUUGGCUGAGAGAUGUCACUAUCAGUUGCUGAGGAGAGGCCAUGAUCUGGUGUUUACUGCAAGCUAUACAUCGUGUCAUGUCCAUAUGGAGAGUAACCAUUAUAUACUAGAAGUAGUAUAUAAGCCAAGAAAUGGGCAGCCAGUAGUAGUUGCCAUGAGAUGUCCCAGCUCUCACUGGACUACCACAACGGCACCUGUAACCACAUCACCCAGCAAGCCUAGUCCUCUUUGCAAAGCCUCUAGCAUGAGUGUUCUGCUACCUCUAGGCUCCCUAGAUCAGGUUAAAGUUCUAGAUGCCUUCCAUCAUGAAGUAUUGGUACACACGGCUCCCAAAAGCUGUGGCUACCAUUUAAUGAAGAAACCGCAUGGGAUCCUCUUUGAAACUCCCUAUAAGGCUUGCCAUAUCCGAAUUGUGAAUCAUUACUAUACAUUGACUAUUGUCUACAAGCCCCGUGCUGGUCCCCAAAUUGUGGUGAACAUGAAAUGUCCUGUGAGCUGGCACCCACCAUUGCCACUGUCUACACCUAUAAAGCCCUCUACACUUAAGCCACCUCACAUAGCUUGUGGAGCAUCCAGCAUGUCUCUGGAGCUUCCCAGUAGCUUGCUGGGUCAGGUUCAAGUACUGGAUAAAUCUCACCACCCAGUAGUGGUCCUAGAUGCUCCCAAAGAAUGCCAGUACCAUUUGGUGAAGAGGGCAAGACUAUUGUCUUCACUGCAGGUUAUAAGAGUUGUCAUGUGCAUACAGAGCAUUCCCAUCAUGUUCUUGUUGUCCUCUAUACACUGGAGAAUGGUGUACAAGAGAGGGUAACCAUGAAAUGCCCUGUACACGUUGUGCCCUCAUCCAUCCCUGCCACAAGCAGA